UUUUUUUUUUUUUUUUCAUUCUUUUUUUACAACAGCAAAAAAAGAUCGCCAUGUCGUCGAACGGAAAUGUUAAAAAAUAUACUAAUACAAAAGAUCUAUUAACAGAGGAACAGCAAGAUGUGCUGCGAAGUAAAGUGAAUAAAAUCGAACGACUCCAGUCAGAUAUCAACAACUUGUCGAAACCGCUGUUGCAAUCGGAUCCGAUGGCAAGCUGGUCGAAACAUGUCACACCCAACACUUUAUCUGUUUUCCAAGACGAAAAAAGCUGGAAUGGCAUAAGUAAUGUAGAGAUAAAAAAGAGUCAGGGAAAGGAAUUUCGAGAUGCCACUGGGUUAGCUUGGAGUACGCUGAGGGAUUCCAUGCAAAUAGAGUCUGAAGAUGAUAGCGAAAGUGGGUCACCGGUAACAACACAAUUGGAUGCGAAAGACAUGGAAAUAUUUGGUGCGAUGCCAAUGCGAGAUGAUAUUGUGGUGGUGAAAUGCAACCACUGCCAACGGCCAUUAUUAGCCAGUAAAUUCAAGGAACACUCAGUAUCUUGUCUGGGUAGUGCUUACGCUGACGGGAAACUCAACCAACGAGACUUUUUCUCGGAUGAUGAAGAGAUUGAGUCCAAAAGAAAUUCUAAAAAGAAAAAGAAGUCAAUGAACCUUGACGGUAAUCCUAAUUUAGCAUUCGAUUUAAUUUCAUACACAUACAACAUACACAUACACACACACUAAAAAAACACACACACAGAUGAUUUGGAUAGUCUUUCGACAGCUGCAAAGCGACCUCCUUCAGCGUCGCUAGAGAAGAAUGAAAAAAAAAAGGCCAAAAAGGAAAAGAUGAAAAAACUACCAAGCAAAAAGGUAGGCUUUCUUUAUAUAAAAAGUGUGUGAGUGUGCGCGCGCGCUAAGUUAUACA